AUGGCGAUGGCCGCAGCACUCAGAGAAAAACAGAAGCCGGGGGGGCAGCAGAGGGUGGGGGGAGGAGUAGUGUGGGGGGGGGGCCGGGAGGGCAGCAGGGGUAGUAAAGGGGGGACUGGAGAAGAUCCUCACACAGCAGCUGGAUAGGCCCCUCUAACACUAAUUCCAACCCCCCCAGAUUACCUGUCAUCUGAUGCCAGGCCUGCCUGCAACCCCCUUCUCCCCCUUCUCCCCACUCCAUAACAUAACCCCGUACCCCCCAUCCUAUCCCCCUGGUGGUCCCCUCUUCUCCCUCACUUUUCCACGCUCUGAGCCCACGAGCUGCAACUGAUCUGGCGGUACUUUCACCAACAUGGCUGGUGUUUGAGCAAGGGUUUAUCACUACAAGACUCAAAAUGGCGACGUCACUUCUCCCCACCAGAGCCCUUUGAAGGAUUAUGGGCCUCAUGGCGCGACUGAUAAGGAAAUUCGAGAGGGAGAAGUGACGCUCCGUCCAAGGGGGACUCAGGGGGUGACUUAUACGGUGGUCAGUCUGUGAAUUUUGGGUCUGUGUGUCAAACCUUUUCUCAUAUUGGCUUCAGAGUUUAUGUGGUUAAUUACGAAACACAGUGGCCCGCAAUUAAAUACAGUACACACACCAAGACCAGAUUUCACAUGUAUACAAACAGUUUGAUGUGUAAACCAUCUCUAGAACCAUCUCGUAGAUUUAAUUUGUGAUUAUCUGUUAAUUGUGUAUUGUGAUUUAGAAUAGGAAUUUGGUUACGGUCACAGCAUUAACUAUGUGAGGUCUAGGAGCAGGUGCCUCAACGGCGGGGGGUAAGUAGGGUUGGGUGGUAUCCAGAUUUUCAUACCGUCAUACCGUUUCUGUACCAUACCGGGGUAUAUGAAAUUACCGAAUGUGUACAUAAGGGGUGCUAAAAACGACAACAUUUUUUUUAAUUAGUUGUUUUACGCACAAAACAAUUUAGGCAACAGGGAUCUUGAUCCAGGAGGGGGUUUAAUGUCUCUGCUGUAACCAAGAAGCUUGAUCUUGACCUCUAGCCACUUAACUAGUAAGUUAGCAAACCAAAUGCAUAGCUGGAACCCUGAGCUGCACAUAAUUUAUUUGACACAUCUUAUAUUUCUUAUAGUUGUACCUUACUUAUAGUUAUAAGCAGUGGCGUAGCACGCAGCCCGAUGCCCCCAACGACUUGUCACUUAAGCUGCGGACGCAAAACUAUUGGGAAAAUCCAUGUGCAGUGUGAUUGAGCCAGACAGAGGACUAGGGCCUGGAGAAAGUGGAGAUGGAGCCACACAAUCGUCAUCUGGGCUGUGAUUUGAGCCGUUUCACCUGGUCUCGUGCGAUGGAGUUAAUAGCCAUGGGGGCGAGGGCGGUAUAGCUACCUGUAAACUUGCACGUGGUUGCACUCUCUGGGAUUUUGUUAUUAGAGGGCCAGAUCUGUGCCACCGUGCAGGUGCUCAAUUUGUAUCGAAAUUGCCAUGAGCGACAAAGUCAUUUGGCCAGAGCUGGGCGAGAGCCAGGGCCCUGUGAAAGAGCUUAAUGAAGCUGCUCUCACUCUGUGAACCCCUGCCUCCAGGCCCUUGUCCUCCUCCUGCACCCGUUCACCACCUCUUCUUUGUCCUCCUCACCCAGCUCCUUCGUCCAUAGAGUAUUAGCACCAUGUUAUGCUGUCUUUAUACCUUUCUGUGUUAGUAUGUAUCAGAUGGACGAUAGGUGCUGUUGAUAGGUAGUCUGUUCUUGAGAGUGCUUUAGGUGGAAUUCAUAGUCAUUUAGUUGGGUCCAUCAGGGGCAGAAACAUUGCCCACUUUAACGUUGUUUCAUCUGGAGCUCUGUUACAGUACAUGCCUCUAUUACAUUUAUAUUACGUGUUUAGUGUUCUGUUUAUAUAACAGUUGAUGAACAUAUGUUUUUUAAUGUUCAUAUUUGGCCUAUGUCUCAUCUGCAGGUUUCUCCAUGGGGAGUACACAGUGGAGGUGGCCAUCAACGACUACCUGGACAUCUACUGCCCCCACUACGAGGACCCGCUCCCCCAAGAGCGCAUGGAGCGCUACAUCCUCUUCAUGGUCAACUACGACGGCUACACCACCUGCGACCACCGCAUGAAGGGCUUCAAGCGCUGGGAGUGCAACCGGCCCCAGAGCCCCAACGGACCGCUCAAGUUCUCAGAGAAGUUCCAGCUCUUCACCCCAUUCUCGCUAGGCUUCGAGUUCCGGCCGGGCCACGAGUACUACUACAUCUGUAAGUAGAACAUGUGAUUCACCCCCACACUGGUUAUGUCCCCAAGUUAUGUAGAGAAAAUAAUAUGCGAGGAAGAAAUUACUUUGGAUCCCCCACUGACCACACCAAACAGAAACAGCUGUGACCCGUCAAGAAUAUUCAGCUCUGUCAACCCAUCGCUCUUCAGUUGAUGGAUAUAAGGGAAUGUCAGGUGGAUCUACUUGUUUCCUGGUCAUUUGAAGGUUGAUUUGAUCUCAUUUGGUGGGAAGCGGCGGAGGAAGGGGAGGAAGCCAAAAUAGCGUUAGGGGUUUAAUUAAUAGGCUUUGCUUUGUGGUUUCAUUUGGCUCCCAUGCAUGGUUCCCUGCUAGUGCCAGGGCUAGGAACCAACCAGGAACGGGCUGUUCACACCACAGUGUGAGAGCCAGAGAGGUAGAGCACAGCCUGUAUACACAGAGAAGUGGCGGAUGACUAUUCUGCAUCAAAACCAACUUUACCUGCUAUUUAUGAGAAACGAACGAUCGUUACCAGGUACUUCUUUGAAGUAAUUCAAUAGAAUUGUGAACCAGUUGAUAUCAAAUGGUUCCUUGCGCUAAUUAGUUUAAUUUAAACAAAAUAUAGUUACAAGGCAAAAGCAAUGUAAUUAAGCUGUUACAAGGUAAAUCAUGGCCCGUGAAAUGAAGCGUAAUCAAACAGACGUACUGUGACCAAUCACAACAUACAGCGACCAAACCAGAGGGGAGCCCAGACAUAUCAUUUAUCUCCAGAUUCCGGUUGACUUGUCCAUCCAUGUGUUUUGUGCCUGACCUGCCGUCCUUUUCUGUGGCGCCCAGACGCAUCCCAUUUCCUUCCACCCCUUGAUUAAAAUUUAUAUUUGUCAAAUGGCAAGCGAGCUAUUAGCUGGGUGCUUAGCUUCACGGGGUGAGAUCGGUGCAAAACCAGUUACCGACGACCUCAUGCGGAACGCUUCAAAUUAUGCUGAUUGGUCAAAUCAUAUUUAGCUGAGGGAACCUGAUAGGGUAAUUGUGUCCUUCUGGCUACGGACUGUGGUCAUUGCAAUUUUGUGGACGUGGUGCAGCGGGUUGAACACGGCCAGACAGGCCUGACACCUCGCCUACUGGAUGCCCCAUGCCCACACACGCCCAGCUUUGACUUCAAGGUUGUGGUAUGCACGCCACUUCCCAUUUCCCUGCGUCAGAGGUGUUUCCCCUUCCGUGGUCACAUGACCCAGGUGCGGUGUGUCCAUGUGCAUGACAGGACAGGGCUAGGUUUGCCAGGCCGGUUGCAUUGCUACUAGCAUUAGCACAGUAACAUACUACUGUAGCUGGUCCCAUAGACUUCCAGUCAUUGAGCCAACGACUAUCCAUUUAAAAGUGCGUCUCAGCAGAAAUAAAAAAUAAUUUGCUAAAUAAUUUAUUUUACCCAGCACCCCUGGCCCAUCACUCACUCACGUCUAAAUGUUCCACCCCUAACCAGUGGGCUUAUUCUACUCAGCAGGAUGUUGUCGUUCCUGGAAAAGAGGAGUGGAGGAGAGACAGAGGGCUGGCAACAAAAAGAAAAGCGAGUUCAAAUUUGGCAUUCAGUGUCUGCCGAUUCUUCCCCUUCCUGAGCUGUUUUUAAUGCACUCCUCCUCAUAGUGCCUAGCCAGGCCCCGCAUUGUGUGGCCCUUUGUCCCCGACAGCAGCCCAGGCUCCCCCCCCCCCCCCUUCAGAAAAUGGUUCCAAUAUUGUUGCUGUCAUGGCCCUGUGGUGUUAGGGAAAAGGGGGAUGCUUGAGAAGUCGGAGAGUUACCGGGGAGUUACCGGGGUGAAAAGGGGGCUUAGCUCUGUGAACCAAGGGUCAUGUCCAUCACCCCCAAAGUGACCCCCCUACCUCGCUACCCUCCUCUACCGCUCUACCCUCUCUACCCCCUCUACCCCCCUACCCCCCUACCCCUCCAUCUCAUCUACCCUCACCCCUCUACCCCCCUACCCCCCCCCCCCCUCUACCCCCUACCCCCCCACCCCCCUACCCCCCUACCCCCUACCCCCUCACCCCCAAACCCCCCUACCCCCCCUACCCCCCCUACCCUCUACCCCCCCCCAAACCCUUCUCCCCCCCCCCACCCCCCCAAAACCCCCCCCACCCUUUUUCCCCUAAACCCCUUAAACCCCCCACCCUCCUCUACCCCCCCCUACACCUCACCCCCCACCCUUUUCCCUCCCCCCCCCCAACCCCACCCCCCUCUAAAACCCCCCCCCUCUACCCCCCACCCCCCUACCCCCCUCUCCCCCAACCCCCCCACCCCCCUACCCUCCUCAAAACCCCCCCCCCCCCCCCCCCCCCCUCCCCCCCUCCCCCCACCCCCCUACCCCCCCCCCCCUACCCUCUACCCCUACCCCCCUACCCUCCUUUACCCAACUUCCCCCUACCCCCUCCAUCUCUACCCCACCCCCCCUACCCCUCUACCCCCUACCCCUCUACCCUACCCCUCUAACCCCCUACCCCCCUACCCUCCUCUACCCCCCUACCCCCUAACCCUACCCUCACCCACCCAACCCCCUACCCCCCUACCUCCUCUACCCCCCUACCCCCUACCCCCUACCUCUACCCUACCCCUCUAUCCCCUUAACCCCUACCCUCCUCUACCCCUCUACACCUCUAUCCCCCCAACCCUCUACCCUACCCUCUACCCCUCUACCCACUACUCUCCUCUACCACCUCUACUCCUACCCAUCUACCCCAAGCUCCCAGAGCUGAUGGAGGGCUAGAGGUGGCAUUCAACGUACCCUAUCAGACCCCUAUUCAUCUGCAUUUCCAUAUACCCCAUACACACCACACACACACACACCGGUCCAGACUGCUCCGUCACUGCCAACAACAACCCUCUCUCCACUCCCCUCUCCACCCCAUGUGCACUCAGGCGGAAAUACCAAAUAUGCACACUCAAAUACAAACCCAAAUAAACACACACACCCCGAACCCCAACCAAACACCUUUUCCCCAUCUGAACUGAUUCCCCACUGUGUUUAAAAGACCAAUUACCAAUAAUGCUGAUGCAAGAAAGUGGCGAUUUUGGUGCCUGUUAUUUGUUUUGAAUAAAACAGUGUUGUUUUAUGGAUACCGAGAAUCAAAAUAAAACAGAAUUCGCUACAGUGAAAUUAUGAAAGUGCUGCCUUCCAUUUUGGGCACAAAAAACUACACUUUUGACUGGACAAAAUGGUUUUCCAAGGUUAAGAAUGCAGCACUACGCCCAAAGCAGUGGAGGCUGCUGAGGGGAGGACGGCUCAUAACAAUUGCUGGAACAGAGCGUAUGGAAUGGCAUUAAACACAUGGAAACCAUGUUUGAUGUAUUUGUUACCAUUCCACCCAUUCCGCUCCAGCCAUUACCACGAGCCCAUCCUCCCCAAUUAAGGUGCCACCAACCUCCUGUGGCCCAAAGUCAAAUCAAAUGUUAUUUCAACUGGUGUAGAAUUUACCGUGAAAUGCUUGCUUACGAGCCAUCCCAACAAUGCAGUUUAAAAUAAUAAAAAUAAAAAUAGAAACAAGGAAUAAAAUAAAAUACACAAGAAUGGAGCUAUAUACAGGGAGUACCAGUACCAGAUCAAUGUGAAGCUAUAUACAGGGAGUACCAGUACCAGAUCAAUGUGGAGCUAUAUACAGGGAGUACCAGUACCAGAUCAAUGUGGAGCUAUAUACAGGGAGUACCAGUACCAGAUCAAUGUGGAGCUAUACAGGGAGUCCAGUACCCAGAUCAAUGUGGAGCUAUAUACAGGGAGUACCAGUACCAGAUCAAUGUGGAGCUAUAUACAGGGAGUACCAGUACCAGAUCAAUGUGGCAGCUAUAUACAGGGAGUACCAGUACCAGAUCAAUGUGCAGAGGUACUUGAGGUAGAUAUGUAGAUGAAGGCAGGGCAAUGUGACUAGGCAUCAGGAUAGAUAAUAAUACGCGUAAAAUAAAGAACAGAGUAGCAGCAGCAAAUGAUGAGUGUAAAAGUGUGUUUGUGUUGUGUCGGUAUGCGUGUGUUAUGUCUGUGUGUGCGUAUAAUGUAUGUGAAUAUGUGUGGGUUUUGUGUCAAUGUAGUGUGUGUGAGUGAGUGUGUACAUGGUGUGUAUAUAUAGUCUAGUGAGUGUGUAUAGGAUCAGUGCAAGAUAGAGUCAGUGCAGAUAGUUCGGGUACCGUUCAUGUUCUAUUUAGCAGUCUGGCUAUUCUUUCUUUGGCUAUUCCCGAUGCUGUGGUGUUUUGGUUGUUUCUAGUGAUGCUAUUAGCAUAUCAGAGGUUGCAUCGAGUUGCUUGUUGUUUUUCCUUACUGAGCCAUAUGGUGUGUGAGUAAGCUGAGGCACUUGGACUGUGGAGUAGUGGAGUUUUGUUCCUAGCACUCCCAGUCACAGUAACAGCCUGCAAAGUGAUUAGCGAGCGAGACUAACGUCUCAGGACAUGCAGCACCUGGCCACCACGGUGUUCCAUGUUCCAACUGUGGUGGCAAUGUCAGAGGGACAGGGUUACACAAGAAGACAAGGGUCAAAAACUCCUCAGGUGUUACAAACUUGACUUCUGGCACCCAAAUUCUUCUACCAAGAUGGCCACUGUUGUUUUCACACAUAAUUGGAUACUGCCCCUCAACUGGGUUGCUAAUAAAAUGGUGUGGAUUAAUUUUGCGGGGAGACUGAAAGAGGACUGAAAUGAGUAUCUGAUGGAUCACCUCUGUGAAAUCUGGGUCCAAUGAGGAUAGGGUACAUUUCAGCUAUAGCCCUCUAAUGAAACAUACUUACCGUUCUUCCCAGGCCGUAUAAUUUGAGCUAUUUUCUCAGAGAUUUGAUUAGAAAACUGCUGCUGAAUGUGUUAUUCAUUAACAAACACAUGCCUCUCUCUCUCUCUCUCUCUCUCUCUCUCUCUCUCUCUCUCUCUCUACUCUCUCUAUCUCUCUCUCUCUCUCUCUCUCUCUCUCUCUCUCUCUCUCUCUCUCUCUCUCUCUCUCUCUCUCUCUCUCUCUCUCUCUCUCUCUCUCUCUCUCUCUCUCGUUCCAGCGUCUCCACAUCCUAACCUUGUUGGGAAACCCUGUUUGAAGUUGAAAGUCUAUGUCAAGCCCACAAGUGAGUAUUUUCUUCUCUAUCCAGUCUUUAGGGAAUGUCGUUAUGAAAUAGCUUACACUCCAUUUUAGUUUCACUGGCCUUUGUUCAGGACAAAAACAUCUUUCUCUUUCUAACUUUGCCAUUCAUUCUGCCUUGUUAAGAAUGGUUAUAGUCAGCAAAAGAGGCAGCAACACGUUCAAUGAAGUUGUAGAGCUUUCCAUCACACCCAUUGUGCAUUAUAUUGCUGUAUAGGCAUCCAUAUGUAUUAAUGUCUACAAAUAGAUAGAAAUGUGUUAACGUAUCAGACAGAUGGUUCAAAUUUUUACCAAAGAGGCAAGGCAGUUUUUCAUGCGACACUCUCCCAAGCACUUGGAGAGCACUGAAAUGUGUGAACUCUCGUACUAGUCUUUCCCAGCAUAGUUCCACAUCUCUCAUUCUGAACCCAUAUUAACCCAGGGAAGACAAACAGCAGGACCACCUGUGGGUCAGAACCUAACCUGCAAAGCCAUCUGCUUGGUGAUUGAUGAGGGUAAACCUUCGUUCCAUCUCUGUCUUUGCUCAGCACACUAUCAUCCAGACCCCUAUUUAGGACUGCUUUGGAUCCCAGCCCUUUUGAGUUAAACCACUAGGACUCUGUAACGAAACACAUACAGACAGACAGACAGACACACACACACACACACACACACACACACACACACACUGCAGUCAGAGGUAGAUGCUGCUGCCCUCACAGUCUGGUGGAAAUAAUUCAUCUGACGAGGGCCAGAUAACGAUCCUAACUUUGACCUCCAACUAGUCAUCAUUCACCAAAGCCCGAUGCUGUGGUGUCCCACAGAGAUCUGUUGCGGGCCCAUUUUACAAGUCGCUGAAGCAGGCACCAGAGCAGGUACUGGCCAUAAACUAGGGCUGGGACGAUACCAGUGUCAUGAUACUCGUUAGUAUCGUGGCAAGCAAACAAAACACGAAGCAGAUUUAACUUUAGGAAAACAGCCCUAAUGUUGGAAACAAACGCCAUUAUGUUGUCAUCCAGUCACUGGAAGUUAUUUUCCAAGCUAUAACACACAAUAUUUGACAUAAAGCAGGUUUUAAAGGACCAAAUAGCUCUGCUUCGUGUUUUUAUUUUUGCCAUGGAAAAAAUAUAGUGAUACUGGUAUCGUCCCAGCCCUACCAUAAACAUGAGGUUUAAAGUUGACUUAACCUAAAACCAGCUUUGGUGUGAGGUGACGUUCUCCACUGCUCUUUCAAUUACAAUUUGAUGUAGUAAAGCUCCUGAGGUAUGGUAAUACACAUACAAUGUGUUUAGGUUACAAAACCAUACGGGUCACUAUGGAGUAAUUGUGAUGUACCCACAAGGUACGGCCCAAUCUGGCCCUCAUACCAUCAUGGCCACCUAAUCAUCCCCAGCUUCCAAUUGGCUCAUUCAUCCCCCCUCCUCUCCUCUGUAACUAUUCCCCAGGUCGUUGCUGUAAAUUAGAAUGUGUUCUCAGUCAACCUACCUGGUAAAAUAGGGGUUACAUUUAUUUAUAAAAAAUUAUAGUGUAUAUGUUGUGCUCUUGUACUGUAGUCCUUUCCAUAUGCAUUGUUGUAGGGAUUUGAAUGGAGAGGUUUAAUUUCAGCUGUUCGUUUAUCGAGUUGAUUUUAAAGGCAGCUCGAUGAAGGCAAAAAAAGAGUUGUCCGCCUGCAGUUGUAUGUUCCUUUUCCGACUCACAGAAGGCAUUCAUUCAUUUUAAGCUAUUUGUACAAAGCCUUUGUAGAAAAGGAAAGGUAUUAAACUCACAAUUCACACUACUGUGUCAAUAUUUGGAACAGUGUCAUUUGCUGAGUAAUAUCUUUGGGGAUUUUCAUUUGGAGUUUAACCCGACUUGUCGUGUCAUUUCAUUAUCUCUGUACAAUUGUGAAUAAACAUGUUAGAGAUGAUCAAUUUCACACGGCAGUUAAAAUAUUAUGAUAUGGACAAUAAAAAUCAUAUUAUGGAACGUUUCAAUUGUCAUUCUCUUUUGUUGCCAUGGCUUAUUAGCAUGAUAGCAUUUUUGUCUUUAUUUUUUGCUCCUUAUGUGUUAUAGUGUAAUUGAAUCAUAAGAUGUAUUGUUUGAACACACAAUUACAUUGUAUACGGUAUGUAAACAUCGUAGUAAAUAUGAAUCCUAUAGGGAAUCCUAUGCUAUAGGCACAUUUCAAUUACCUUAGCAUUUAUAAUAAAUAGUACACUGUUAAAAAUAAACACAAAAAAUACUCUAGUGUAUAACCAACCAGUGGCUGAUGAUUGAUUGUUGAAUGUUAUAUUUACAUAGUUACGAGCUCUGGCUCUUUCUUAAAACAAAAGCUUGUCUGCACAAAUAAUGUGCACCGCUCUCUCUAUUUGAAUAUCUGGAGGACAAAAGCAUUUAUUGGAUUCCGUGAUUAUGUCAGGAUUCACGGGUGGAUUUUGAUGUGGGUUAGCUUGGAAGUUGGGAGUUGCAUUUCCAUAGGCCGGACAGAUCCUGUGUGGGUUAGAGAUUGUGAAAUAUAUAUAUACAGUACCAGUCAAAAGUUUGGACACACCUACUCAUUCAAGGGUUUUUCUUUAUUUUAAAUUUUUUUUACAUUGUAGAAUAAUAGUGAAGACAUCAAAACUAUGAAAUAACACAUAUGGAAUCAUGUAUUAACCAAAAAAGUGUUAAACAAAUCAAAAUACAUUUUAUAUUUGAGAUUCUUCAAAUAGCCACCCUAUGCCUUGAUGACAACUUUGCACACUCUUGGAAUUCUCUCAACCAGCUUCACCUGGUAUGCUUUUCCAACGGUCUUGAAGGAGUUCCCACAUAUGCUGAGCACUUGUUGGCUCAUCCCAAACCGUUUAAAUUUGGUUGAGGUCAGGGGAUUGUGGAGCCCAGGUCAUCAAAUCAAAUCAAAUGUAUUGGUCACAUACACAUGGUUAGCAGAUGUUAAUGCGAGUGUAGUGAAAUGCUUGUGCUUCUAGUUCCGACAGUGCAGCAAUAUCUAGCAAGUCAUAUCUAACAGUUCUACAACAAAAACCUAAUACACACAAAUCUAAGUAAAGGAAUGGAAUAAGAAUAUAUAAAUAUAUGGAUGAGCAAUGUCAUUAUCAUUAUCAGAGUGGCAUAGUCUAAGAUGCAAUAGAUAGUAUAGAAUACAGUAUAUACAUAUACGAUGGGUAAUGCAAGACAUUAAAGUGGCAUUAUUAAAGUGACUAGUGUUCCAUUUAUUAAAGUGGCCAGUGAUUUUCAAGUCUGUAUGUAGGCAGCGGCCUCUCUGUGCUUGUGAUGGCUGUUUAACAGUCUGAUGGCCUUGAGAUAGAAGCUGUUUUUCAGUCUCUCGGUGCCAGCAUUGAUGCACCUGUACUGUCCUCGCCUUCUGGAUGAUAGCGGGGUGAACAGGCAGUGGCUCUGGUGGUAGUUGUCCUUGAUUCUCUUUUUGGCCUUCCUGUGACAUCGGGUGCUGUAGGUGUCCUGGAGUGCAGAUAGUUUGCCUCUGGUGACCGCACCACCCUCUGGAGAGCCCUGCGGUUGUGGGCUGUGCAGUUGCCGUACCAGGCGGUAAUACAGCCCGACAGGAUGCUCUCAAUUGUGCAUCUGUAAAAGUUUGUGAGGGUUUUAGGUGACGGGCCAAAUUUAUUCAGCCUCCUGAGGUUGAAGAGACGCUGUUGCGCCUUCUUCACAACACUGUCUGUUUUCAGUUUGUCACUGAUAUGUACGCCAAGGAACUUAAAACGUUCCACCUUCUCCAAAGCUGUCCCGUUGAUGUGGAUAGGGGGGUACUCCCUCUGCUGUUUCCUGAAGUCCACGAUCAUCUCCUUAGUUUUUUUUUACGUUGAGUGAGAGUUUAUUUUCCUGACACCACACUCCGAAAGCCCUCACCUCCUCCCUGUAGGCUGUCUCAUUGUUGUUGGUAAUCAAGCCUACUACUGUUGUGUCGUCUGCAAACUUGAUGAUUGAGUUGGAGGCGUGCAUGGCUACGCAGUCAUGGGUGAACAGGGAGUACAGGAGGGGGCUGAGCACACACCCUUGUGGGGCCCCUGUGUUGAGGAUCAGCGAAGUGGAGAUGUUGUUUCCUACCUUCACCACCUGGGGGCGGCCCGUCAGGAAGUCCAGGAGGCAAUUGCACAGGGCAGGGUUGAGACCCAGGGCCUCAAGCUUGAUAAUGAGCUUGGAGGGUACUAUGGUGUUGAAUGCUGAGCUAUAGUCAAUGAACAGCAUUCUUACAUAGGUAUUUCUCUUGUCCAGAUGGGAUAGCGCAGUGUGCAGUGUGAUGGCGAUUGCAUCGCCUGUGGACUUAUUGGGGCGGUAUGCAAAUUGAAGUGGGUCUAGGGUGACAGGUAAGGUGGAGGUGAUAUUAUCAUUGACUAGUCUCUCAAAGCACUUCAUGAUGACAGAAGUGAGUGCUACAGGGCGAUAGUCAUUUAGUUCAGUUACCUUUGCAUUCUUGGGUACAGGAACAAUGGUGGCCAUCUUGAAGCAUGUGGGGACAGCAGACUGGGAUAGGGAGAGAUUGAAUAUGUCCGUAAACACUCCAGCCAGCUGGUCUCCGUAUGCUCUGAGGACGCGGCUAGGAAUACCGUCAGGGCUGGCAGCCUUGCGAGGGUUAACACGUUUAAAUGUCUUACUCACGUCAGCCACGGAGAAGGAGAGCCCACAGUCUUUGGUAGCUGGCCGCGUCGGUGGCACUGUGUUAUCCUCAAAGCGGGCAAAGAACUUGUUUAGCUUGUCUGGCAGCAAGACGUCGGUGUCCGCGACGUGGCUGGUUUUCCUAUUGUAUUCCGUGAUUGUCUGUAAACCCUGCCACAUACGUCUCGUGUCUGAGCCGUUGAAUUGCGACUCCACUUUGUAUCGAUAUUGACAUUUUGCCUGUUUGAUUGCCUUGCAGAGGGAACAACCACUCUGUUUGUAUUCUGCCACCUUGCCAUGGUUAAAUGCGGUGGUUCGUGCUUUCAGUUUUUCACGAAUGCUGCCAUGUAUCCACGGUUUCUGGUUAGGGUAGGUUUUAAUAGUCACAGUGGGUACGACAUCUCCUAUACACUUCCUUAUAAACCCACUCACCGAAUCAGCGUAUACGUCUAUAUUAUUCUCAGAGGCUACCCGGAACAUAUCCCAGUCUGCUUAAUCAAAACAAUCUUGAAGCGUGGACUCCGAUUGGUCAGACCAGCGCUGAAUAGUCCUAAUCACGGGUGCUUCCUGCUUUGAGUUUCUGCCUAUAGGAAGGGAGGAGCAAAAUGGAGUCGUAGUCAGAUUUGCCGAAAGGAGAGCCUUGUAUGCAUAGCGGAAAUGAGUGUAACAAUGGUCGCGCAUUUUUCCAGCGCAAGUGCUACAGUCAAUAUACUGUUAAAAUCCUCAGCUACAAUAAAUGCAGCCUCAGGAUAAAUGGUUUCCAGUUUGCAUAAAGUCCAGUGGAGUUCCUUGAGGGCCGUCGUGGUAUUGGCUUGAGGGGGAAUAUACAUGGCCGUGACUAUAACCGAAGAGAAUUCUCUUGGGAGAUAAUACGGUCGGCAUUUGAUUGUGAGGAAUUCUAGGUCGGGUGAACAAAAUGACUUGAGUUCCUGUAUGUUGUUACAAUUACACCAUGAGUCGUUAGUAAUGAAACAUAACCCCCCACCUCUCUUCUUCCCAGAGAGAUGUUUAUUCCUGUCGGCACAAUGUACUGAGAACUCAGGUGGCUGUAUGGACAAGGACAGUAUAUCCCGAGAGAACAAUGUUUCUGUGAAACAGAGUAUGUUACGAUCCCUGAUGUCUCUAUGGAAAGCAACCCUUGCUCUGAUCUCAUCCACUUUGUUGUCUAGGGACUGGACAUUAGCGAGUAAUAUAAUCGGAAGCGAUGGGUGGUGUGCGCGCCUCCUAAGUCGGUCGGCCUCUGGAAUCAGUUCAAAUGCCCUGGGUGGUGCGAACAAAGGAUCCUCUAUGGGAAAGUCGUAUUCCUGGUCGUAGUGCUACUAAGUUGACGCCGCUCUGAUAUCCAAUAGUUCUUCUCGGCUGUAUAUAAUUACGCUUAAGAUUUUCUGGGCUAACAAUGAAAGGACUAGAAACGAGGCAGCCCUCUCUGUCGGUGCCAUAUUUAGUCAGGAAUUCCAUCACUCCAUCACUCUCCUUCUUGGUAAAAUAGCCCUUACCCAGCUGGGAGGUGUGUUGGGUCAUUGUCCUGUUGAAAAACAAAUGAUAGUCCCACUAAGCCCAAACCAGAUGGGAUGGCAUAUCGCUGCAGAAUGCUGUGGUAGCCAUCCUGGUUAAGUGUGCCUUGAAUUCUAAAUAAAUCACAGACAGUGUCACCAGCAAAGCACCCCCACACCAUAACACCUCCUCCACCAUGCUUUACGGUGGGUAAAUAAACCUGCAGAGAUCAUCCGUUCACCCACACCGCGUCUCACAAAGACACACCGGUUGGAACCAAAAAUCUCAAAUUUGGACUCCUGACCAAAAGCCCAAGCAAGUUUAUUCUUAUGAUUGGUGUCCUUUAGUAAUGGUUUCUUUGCAGCAAUUUGACCAUGAAGGCCUGAUUCACACAGUCUCCUCUGAACAGUUUGAUGUUGAGAUGUGUCUGUUACUUGAACUCUGUGAAGCUUUUAUUUGGGCUGCAAUUUCUGGUUGGUAACUCUAAUGAACUUAUCUUCUGCAGCAGAGGUAACUCUGGGUCUUCCAUUCCUGUGGCGGUCCUCAUGAGAGCCAGUUUCAUCAUAGCGCUUGAUGGUUUUUGAGACUGCACUUUAAGAAACUUUCAAAGUUCUUGAAAUGUUCCGUAUUGAAUGACAUUUAUGUCUUAAAGUAAUGAUGGACUGUCGUUUCUCUUUGCUUAUUUGAUCUGUUCUUGCCAUAAUAUGGACUUGGUCUUUUACCAAAUAGGACUAUCUUCUGUAUACCCCCCUACCUUGUCACAACAUAACUGAUUGGCUCAAACUCAUUAAGAAGGAAAGAAAUUCCACAAAUUAACUUUUAAGAAUGCACACCUGUUAAUUGAAAUGCAUUCCAGGUGACUACCUCAUGAAGCUGGUUGAGAGAAUGCCAAGAGUGUGCAAAGCUGUCGUCAAGGCAACAGGUGGCUAUUUGAAGAAUCUCAAAUAUAAAAUGUAUUUUGAUUUGUUUAAUACUUUUUUGGAUACUACACGAUUCCAUAUGUUAUUUCAUAGUUUUGAUGUCUUCACUAUUAUUCUACAGUGUAGAAAAUAGUAAAAAUGAAGAAAACCCCCUUGAAUGAGUAGGUGUGUCCAAACUUCUGACUGGUACUAUAUAUAUAUAUAUAUAUAUAUAUAUAUAUACACACAGUUGAAGUCGGAAGUUUACAUACACCUUAGCCAAAUACAUUUAAACUCAGUUUUUCACAAUUCCUGACAUUUAAUCCUAGUAAAAAUUCCCUGUCUUAGGUCAGUUAGGAUCACCACUUUAUUUUAAGAAUGUGAAAUAUCAGAAUAAUAGUAGAGAGAAUGAUUUAUUUCAGCUUUUAUUUCUUUCAUCACAUUCCCAGUGGGUCAGAAGUUUACAUACACUCAAUUAGUAUUUGGUAGCAUUGCCUUUAAAUUGUUUAACUUGGGUCAAACGUUUCGGGUAGCCUUCCACAAGCUUCCCACAAUAAGUUGGGUUAAUUUUGGCCCAUUCCUCCUGACAGAGCUGGUGUAACUGAGUCAGGUUAGUAGGCCUCCUUGCUCACGCACGCUUUUUCAGUUCUGCCCACAAAUGUUCUAUAGGAGGUCAGGGCUUUGUGAUGGCCACUCCAAUACCUUGACUUUGUUGUCCUUAACCCAUUUUGCCACAACUUUGGAAGUAUGCUUGGGGUCAAUGUCUAUUUGGAAGACCCAUUUGCGACCAAGCUUUAACUUCCUGACUGAUGUCUUGAGAUGUUGCUUCAAUAUAUCCUCAUAAUUUUCCUUCCUCAUGAUGCCAUCUAUUUUGUGAAGUGCACCAGUCCCUCCUGCAGCAAAGCACCCCCACAGCAUGAUGCUGCCACCCCUGUGCUUCACGGUUGGGAUGGUGUUCUUCGGCUUGCAAGCGACCACCUUUUUCCUCCAAACAUAACGAUGGUAAUUAUGGCCAAACAGUUCUAUUUUUGUUUCAUCAGACCAGAGGACAUUUCUCCAAAAAGUACGAUCUUUGUCCCCAUGUGCAGUUGCAAACCGUAGUCUGGCUUUUUUAUGGCAGUUUUGGAGCAGUGGCUUUUUCCUUGCUGAACGGCCUUUCAGGUAAUGUCGAUAUAGGACUCGUUUUACUGUGGAUAUAGAUACUUUGUACCUGUUUCCUCCAGCAUCUUCACAAGGUCUUUUGCUGUUGUUCUGGGAUUGAUUUGCACUUUUCGCACCAAAGUAUGUUCCUCUCUAGGAGACAGAACGCGUCUUCUUCCUGAGCAGUGUGACGGCUGUGUGGUCCCAUGGUGUUUAUACUUGCGUACUAUUGUUUGUACAGAUGAACGUGGUACCUUCAGGCAUGUGGAAAUUGCUCCCAAUGAUGAACCAGACUUGUGGAGGUCUACAAUUUUUUGUCUGAGGUCUUGGCUGAUUUCUUUUGAUUUUCCCAUGAUGUCAAGCAAAGAGGCACUGAGUUUGAAGGUAGGCCUUGAAAUACAUCCACAGGUACACCUCCAAUUGACUCAAAUUAUGUCAAUUAGCCUAUCAGAAGCUUCUAAAGCCAUGACAUCAUUUUCUGGAAUUUUCCAAGCUGUUUAAAGGCACAGUCAGCUUAGUGUAUGUAAACUUCUGACCCACUGGAAUUGUGAUACAGUGAAUUAUAAGUGAAAUAAUCUGUCUGUAAACAAUUGUUGUAAAAAUUACUUGUGUCAUGCACAAAGUAGAUGUCCUAACCGACUUGCCAAAACUAUAGUUUGUUAACAAGAAAUGUGUGGAGUGGUUAAAAAAACGAGUUUUAAUGACUCCAACCUCAGUGUAUGUAAACUUCCGACUUCAACUGUAUAUAUGUAUGUGUGCAUAUUUACAAUUGCAGUAUGGUGGAGAAUGUGGGGACCUGUCUGUUUAAGACCUUUAUUAUACAAAACAAUCUGGCCUUGCCUCCAUCCAGCCUCUGCCCAAACCAUUAUCAAAAUUCCUUUCCCUAAGUCUGCUAUGUGGCUGUUUAUUUUCAUCUGCUCUGAGAAGGCCAAAUCCUAAUCUUGUUUGGGAGACGGGGGUUAACCUUGGGUUUUCCCAGAACACAACCCCCCCCCCCAUAUUUUGGCAGAAUGGAAACAGCCUACUACUAAUAUUUAGUCAGGAAAUCAGAAAGCUAUUAAAGUAAUGUUAAAUAGAGAUCCUCGAGGGAGCUGUAAGGAAAGAGAGCUGAGGUGUUUUAGCUAAUGUUAAAUAUGCUAGUACGGAGUACAUUUUAAGACACCGUCAGCCUCACACCUCAACUCUCCUUGAGUCAGUUAUCAACCCUUCAUUGUUAAGCCUCAGCCUCGGGUGUCCUAAAAUGGACAUCGUACACCAGAGCAGUGUUUAGGCCCCGCCCACUGUUUGAUUGGCUGUCUCUCUAUUGGUGUGACUCGUGUCUUCAAGACGAGUCUCCCAGCACAGACCUGUCAACAACACGCUUCUCACUCUGCCCUUGUCGACAUUGGAGAUGACAGUGAAAGUGAGAGGUGCAAACAACAUCACACUUGUAUGUACUGACAGAUCAGAUCUGGGUCACGGAGAAGAAAAGAACCAAAAGGCGUCAACUUUGCCGUGUUUGCUUUUGACAAAGGCCAGAUAUAGCAAGAUUGAAACUGCACAAGGAUUUGACUGUAUUAUAUUGCAACCUGAUUGAAGCAUAACCUCUCUCUCUCUCUCUCUCCUCUCUCCUCUCUCUCUCUCUCUCUCUCUCUCUCUCUCUCUCUCUCUCUCUCUGUCUAUGUCUCUGUCUCUGUCUCUCUGUCUCUCUCUCUCUCUCUGUCUCUCUGUCUCUCUCUCUGUGUCUCUCUCUCUCUCUCUCAGAUGACUCAGUGUAUGAGUCCCCAGAGCCCUUCCUGACAGACGACAGCACCGGUGGCUGUUGCGUGGCCGCCCCUUGCUUCUCCCUCAUGCUGGCCAUGCUGCUCACGCUACUCCUGUCCUCCUCAUAG